UGUCUAGCGAACAACGGGAAAAAAUCGUAUAACUGAUGUUGAAGAUUAUACGUUUUCGCGAAAUUUGGAUAAGAUGUUAUACGAGACAAAUAAAUACGCAGAAGCUAUGCGUGCCAAACAUCGGAACAGAUCUGCAGAAAGCGAUAGAGAAAGUGUCGCGCAUCAGACCGUCGAAUCAGCCACCCAAAGUCUGGCAAUUACAGAUCGAAAAGGUGGAUAAAGACGGGAAGUUGAUAAAGUUCACGAUUCAGGAGAUUCCCGAAGACCGAUACGAAGACGCGAUUCAAUAUAUACGGGCAAAACGAUCCUUUAUUCAUACAAGAUAUCAAGGUUGGGAAAUAACUCGUUACUUGUAACGAAGUUACAGUUACAG